AUGGGCUCCCAACCUAACACAACCUCGGGCGUCGGCGUGGUACGGGAAAUCGUCUUGCCAGAUGGGCGGAACAUACCAGACGGUCCAGACCCAUGCCAGGUUUGCUACUGGGAUCGCCGUCCUGAACACGUCCUGAAGCUCACUUGUCUAUCCGAAAAUAUUUACACUGGACUUCGAAAAUCUGCGGACGCUGGGUGCGUCGGAUGCCAAAUCUUGGAAAGCGUCAUGAACACGACAAAUCCCGGUUCUGGAACUGAUCGCUUUAUUUCUGCCUCGUGCGAGAACGGAAUUUCCAUCCUUCGCGCUAGCAGCGAUCUGCGGUGGCUCCACUUUGACAUCUUCAUCCCAGAACACGCUCAAGACCCUCCCCGCGGUCUGCCCCAGCGCCGCCUGCUCGACCCCUACUCCUCAGGCCAGCGGUCCACUCGCUGGGCGCAGCGUCAGCUCACCGCCUGCGUACACUCUCACACCCGUUGUCGGGGCGAUACGGCAUCGUUUCUCCCCAAGCGGCUGAUCAAUGUGUUGCCGCUGAAUACGAGCGGCGACGUCUCCCUCGAAGAUUGUGCAAACAUCCCGCCAGGCUCGCGGUACGCGGCACUCAGCUAUUGCUGGGGUCAGAUGCGGCCCGAAUGCAUGACUACGCCGGCGACGCUGCCCGCACGGUUAAAAUGCAUCCCCUGGACGAGCCUGCUGAGGACGUUCCAGGAUGCGAUCGCGUUCGUGAGAGAGCUGGGUAUUUCGUACAUAUGGAUCGACAUCGUCUGCAUCGUACAAGGCGAUAAAAGGGACUGGCAGCGAGAGGGUGGCAGGAUGUUCCACGUGUAUAAGAACGCGUACGUGACUCUUGUCGCUCCAAGAGAGGAUGGCUCCACGGGAUUGUGGAGCGGCGACGAUAGGCAGGUAACGCUGGCAGGAAGUGUGCGUUUCGGUCAGUGUUCUUGGCCUUUGUAUACACGACCAAGCCACCCCAACUUCUAUGACUGGGAGCCACGCCACCCCAAAUUCUAUGACUUAGGCGGGCCUGUAGUUAAUGAUUUUCCGCUAUUUGAUAGGGCCUGGGCCUAUCAGGAGAGACUCAUCUGCCCGCGCGUUAUCUUCUUCAUGGGCGUUGAAGUUGCGUUUCAGUGUUUUGAGGUGGUGGAAUGCGAAUGCGGUGCGGACGCAGCCUCGGAAGCCUCUAAAUUCAGAGGAGAAAAGAAACGCUUUUUUGAGAAUUUUGGGGCUGGCCAAGCUACGCACGCUGGAGACGCAGGGACCGCUGGACAGGAAAGACCAAUCGCGAACGAGAGGUUCGAGCGUCGAUCUCGGACGAUCGUUGAGGGCAAUUGGCAGUCCAUGGUCUCGCAUUAUUCCAGACUACGUUUAACUCACGAAAGUGAUAGGCUGGUAGCGCUCGGCGCCAUAGCUGAACACGUCCAAGCCGUUCGUGUCGGGGAAAGUUACCUCGCUGGCCUCUGGUCCGGGUCGCUGCAUACGGACUUGCUUUGGAUAUGCUCGUUCCUACCUGACUCGGGUCCACAACUAUAUCCACUGUCCGGUCUGAGUUGGUCAUGGGCUUCGUGUACAGACAGAUCGGCCGUGCAAUACCCGGGGAUCUUUGCGAAUUUCGAGAAGCGCGCGGAUGUUAUCGAGGCGAGGUGUUGUUAUGUUGAUGAUAAUCCGUUCGGAAGCGUUGUUAAUGGGAAGUUAGUGCUUCGCGGCCGUGUGUUGCGUUGUCGUGGUCUAUCAUCGAUUGGGGCCUGGGGAGAAGACAUAAAGCUAUUACUAUGCCAGUGGCAGAUAGUAAAUGUGUCUUCUUCUAAAAUCUGGCUAGAUGGUAACCUGCGGGAAAAUGCCUUGACCUUUCGGCAAUAUCAUUUGCUUGAGAUUGGAAUCGAUCAGUCUGAGUUUCGGGGGCGGUGGUAUUGUCUGAUCUUGCGGCAAUUGAGCAAGAAAGAGAAAGUCUAUGCCAGAAUCGGCGUUGCGGAAUUUCAGGCGGAAACAAGGAUUACAAAGAUUAUGGGGAAGUUGGGGAGGAUUGACGUGUGCACGAUCGUUUAG